CAUCUCUCGAUCUGUCAGUCGCGCGGUCAAAUGCGAAACAGAGACUCCACAAGGAAAGGAAGAGAUCGAAGCCGCGGAAAUGGAUGGGAAGCCGAAAGCUGGAGUGUCGAUGACCAGCACGUGGCUGAGGAAGCACCGUCUGAUCUACGCUGGAGCCACCCGACACCCCUUCAUCCUCAGCAUUCGCGACGGCACCGUCGAUCUUUCCGCCUUCAAACGCUGGCUGGGCCAGGACUACAUAUUUGUGAGAGCAUUUGUACCAUUUGUGGCGAGUGUGCUGAUAAAAGCUUGGAAGAAUUCCGAUCACGAAAGCGGCGAUAUCGAAUUGGUACUGAGUGGGGUGGCUGCUCUGAACGAUGAGAUUGAAUGGUUCAAGCAAGAGGCUUCAAAGUGGGGUGUUGAGCUAUCUGGUGUUGUUCCUGAAAAAACAACCCGGGAUUACUGCAGAUUUCUGGAGGAUCUAAUGAGCCCGGAUGUUGAUUACGCUGUGGCCAUGACAGCCUUUUGGGCCAUCGAAGCUGUAUACCAAGAGAGCUUUGCCCAUUGCCUGGAAGAAGGGUCCAAAACCCCACCAGAACUGCAAGAGGCUUGCCAAAGGUGGGGCAAUGAUGGCUUCGGCCAGUACUGCUCCUCUCUCCGAAACAUUGCUGACCGAGAGUUGGAGAAGUCCGCCUCAGACGGUGGGCCUUUAGUGAAGGUUUCAGAAGAUAUGGUCACCAAGGCUGAAGUAGAGUUCCAGCGUGUACUCGAGUAUGAGGUUCAGUUUUGGAACAUGAGCCAUGGGAGUCCUGGACGCUCUGCUCCAUGAACCUAAGCGGAAGCGAUAAAUUAUGGCCUUCACAGCAGGAAAUGAGGCUGAAGUUGGACAAGCAAACAGCUGUUGCCUGUGCUGUGUAAAUAAAACUAAACUUUAGUAAGCACUGUAUAAGACCUUGGAGUAGAGGAGGACAAAAAUAACAUUGCGAAAAACAGACGAACAUGUUUGGUAUAUAUAGAGGGCUUCCUCUUUACCCCACUGCGGUGAACAUGCUGCGGUGAACAUGCGUGGUUUAGCAUUAGCAGCACCCUAGUUUGGCAAGCUCCGCCGCCCGUGGCCCCGUAACACCCGAGGCCACUCUAGCUACCUAUGAUAGAUGUUCAAGAUGAUACAUAAAAUUGGAAGAAAAGUCGUACACAAAGUUUACAAACGCGACAGAUCUCUAUCUUCUAGGAUCUCCACAAUACAGUAUACAAAUUGAAUGUGAUUUGAAGGUAGAAAUGUUUAGGGUUUGAACUGAAAGCUUGAUCAUAUGUCGCGUUUUAGAAAA